GUUUCGCGUGCGAGUGACAGGCCAUGCUUCCACCUGGUACUGCUCUACCGUUGGGGACUCCGGUCCCAGGCUGUGCUUCCGGUGCUUCCGGUGCUUCCGUUGCUGGCGGCCGGAGCUUUUGCCGGCUACCUUGUCCAAGCCCACCCCGGACAGCAACAACAGCAGCCGAUGUUUACCACCAGCCCUCCGCCGGAGACGCAGGUGUACGACCCGGCUGUGUUAAAGACGAAGCUGGAGGCAGUGCAGACGGAGGGAAAGAUACUUGAAGACGUGGUGGAGGAGGUGGUGAGAACGUGCGCCAUCGAAGGGGUUGUCCUUUCUACCGCGAAGUCGACGAGGUGUCGCGACGGCGGAACGGAUCGUGUGGACAUGAAGAAGCUGAUUUGUACUCGAGGCGGGGGUAGCCGGCAACUGGAGCACGAAGCCAGGCUUGACACCGAACCUGGGGUAAUACGGCGGAACAGGAAAGGAAGCGCGAGGACUGGUUGUCAGUUUGAGGUUAGCGUCCGGCACGCGAAGUCCCACCCUCGGCCCAAGAUUACCAACAUGAAGCUCGGGCACAACCACGUAGUCGACCGCCAGGCUAUGGCCGUGAAGCUCCGCCUCGCCGGAAAGCUAACGGAGGAGCAGCGGGGACAAGUGGAGAAGAUGACAAGUAAGGGGAUGAAGCCCAAAGCUGUGCAUGAAGCAAUCCAGGCGUUACACGAGGACAGCGACAUCGAGAUCAACAGGCGCGCGGUGCAGAACGUGGCUGCCAGUGUGCAUGGGGCGGAGAAGCCGAGGGAUGCUGCCGAUGCAUACGAAGAGGUCAUGGCCGUCACUGCCGACGGCGGAGUGUGCGAGAUCAAGAUGGAUGACAGCGGCCGCCUGACGCAUAUCUGGUGGCAAACGAGAGAGCAGGUGGCGCUUUGGAAUCGGUACCGCAUGCCCCUCGGCGUGCUCGCCGUCAUCGAUUCGGAGUAUCGGACGCGAAUCGUCGGCCAAAGCAUAACGGCGGACACCACAACGAACACUUUCGUGUGGAUGUUGAAGAGUGCGUUGAGGUCUCGCGGAGGGAAGCAGCCAGAUAUCUUCAUCCAGGACGCGGAGGUGGCCAUGACGGCGGCGGUGCGCGAGGUGUUCCCGGACGCGCUGGCGAGGCGCUGCUUAUGGCGCCUCUACCAACACAUCAUGAAGGCCCUCGCUAAAGACCUUGGCGGGCAGAUGAAGGCGCGUCCCGUGCCCACAGAAAAAGCAGCACCAGCAGCACCAGCAGCAGGUCGCCGGUAG